AUGUCGACCCAGAAACCUCAACUGCUACCUGUCCCAAAUCGGCUACCGACGUUCUGGCUUUCAGAACCUGAUCCUUCACUGGAGAACGCCCGUACGACUGAUGAGCUGCCUCCUUCCGUCGAUGUGGUCAUUAUUGGUAGCGGCAUGAGUGGAGCUAUCACUGCGUACCAUCUCUUCAAAGGCCAAGAUGACGCCAGCCCCAGCAUCCUGAUGCUCGAAGCAGCCGAGACUUGCUCAGGGGCUACAGCGCGCAACGGUGGUCAUUGCAAACCGAUGACUUAUUACGGGUUCGAGGGCUUCAAGACCUCCCUCGGUACGGAUGCGGCCAACGCUAUCAUGGACUUCGAAGCCUCCCAUCUCCAGCACUAUAUCGAUCUAGUUACUGCAGAGGAUAUCGACUGUGACAUGCAUGCCACCCGCGCAUGCGACGUAUACUACGGAACCGACGAGGCGAUGGCUCAGAAGCGUAAUUUCAAGACGAGACAAGCAGAGCACCCUGAGUUCGUGAACGUCAAGGGUGACAUGCGCGAGAUAGAGGAUGUGGAGGAGCUAGAAAAGAUAUCUGGCGUGAAGGACGGGAAGUGGGGAGUAACGUUUCCUGCUGGUCAUUUCUGGCCAUAUAAGCUAGCCACCCAUCUGAUCAGGUCGUGUGUCGCCAAGGGACUGAACCUUCAAACGCAUACCCCAGUGCAGUCAAUCCAGCAAUCGGACAAGGAGGGCUACUGGAAUGUACAGACUCCCCGCGGCCAGAUCACAGCAAAGUCUGUGGUCGUCGCCACGAACGCAUACACGAGUGGUAUUCUUCCCGAAUUUUCUACUCGGAUUAUACCUGUACGAGGGACUGUAUGCAGUAUUACUCCAGCACCAUCACAUACGAUUGGAUCGAGUCCUGGUCCUUUGAAGUUCACUUACGGGCUGCGUUCGAACCCCGGAGAAAAUGAUUAUAUCAUUUGUCGUGGCGGGAGAGGCAGAGUACCAGGCGUGGGGGACCAUUCCAUCAUCUUGGGAGGAGCUCAUAGAGCGGUCCUGAAGGAUGUGGAUGCGUGGUACAAUAACAUACGCGAUGAUGAAUACAUUCCGGGCGCGAAGGAAUAUUUCGCAAAUUAUAUGAAGGAUCAUUUCGUCGGAUGGAGUUCAGAGACGGGAAAUGUAGAUCAGGUAUGGUCUGGAGUCCUCGGCUACUCAGCGGAUUUGCUUCCAUACGUCGGUGAACACCCCGAGAAAGCCGGUGUCUUCGUUCUUGCAGGAUAUACAGGGCACGGUAUGCCUCGCAUCCCCAAGUGCGGUGAGGCAAUCGCCACACUGGUCAAGUCUCGCCACAGAACUGGCACCAUCACAGCUGAGGCUCGUGACAAGUUCUCGGAAAUCAUUCCUACUCCGUACUUCUUGACGCAGGAGAGACUUGACAGUCGUAAGAAUGCGAUCUUGCCUGCUACAAAGAAAGAUAAUGUAACGAUCUAAGACUCGAUAUCAAUGCGUACAGCACACUCUUGAGUCGAGAGUUGUGUCUCAUACUAUAUAUGCAUCAUCUUGCAGUUGAUUUAUGCGACUUCUACCUCCUACAUGGUCUUACUCAUGCAUACACUAGUUCUUCUCACCCCACCUCUCAAUAAUCGCCUUCGUCAACCCAGGAAGAUCAUCUGCGACGACGUCCGCUGCUCCGAAAACUCCUUCGCAAGGAUCCUUCUCGUAGAUCGUACAAUACGCCGUAUCGAAGCCAGCCAAACGAGCAGCACUGCAAUCCCAGGCGUGUGCUGCUGCGAACACAGUCACUGACCCCUCCAAAUUCGCCCCCACCUUCUCCCUCGCCAUCUUAUAAACCGGCGCCUCAGGCUUUCCCACACCGACUUCGUCCGCCGACAAGAUCAUCUCCGCCGGCAUA